AUGUGCAACUCCUGUUGUGGAUCCUGCUGCUCCGGCCAGGGCUAUGGCUGCUGCCAGCCCAGGUGCUGCCAGACCACCUGCUGCAGAACCACCUGCUGCUGCCCCAGCUGCUGCUUCAGCCCUGCUGUGGUGGCUCCAGUGGCUGUGGUGGGUGCAGAGGCUGUGGUGGUGGCUGUGGUGGGUGUGGUGGCUGUGGAUCCUGCUGCUGCCGCCCCAUCUGCUGUAGGACCAUCUGCUGCAGGACCACCUGCUGCCGCCCCUGCUGCUGCUGCAACCCCUGCUGUGGUGGAUGCAGUGGCUGUGGUGGGUGUGGUGGCUGUGGAUCCUACUGAUGCCGCCCAACCUGCUGAGAGUCUGGGUGCUGUCAGCACCCUUGCUGCCACCCACCUGAGCUCCUUAAGAUCCUGGUCCUGUGGGCCCUCCUGCUCAUCACGCAAUGCUGCCAGAACCCCUGCUGCACAACCCCCUGCUGCCCCCUCACCUCCUGCUUUUCCAGCUACUGCAACCCCAUUUCUGUCCACACCACCUGAACCACUGCUGUCUGCUCCAGUGGUUCCUGCUGAUGAGCACUCUGACCUCAUCUCUGUUCCUCCUCAACCAAUAUUCUCCAUGGACUCCAUCUAUCAGCCCCUAAAUCUUGGAACAAUUGGCACCUCAAUUCCAACUGAUUAUUUGAUAGAGUUUGCAUCCUAA